AUGAAAAGCGUCUUUCUAGCGUCCAGCGUGGCGGUGGCGGCGGGGUGGGCGUACGUGCGGCACAUGCAACUUCCUGCCGGGCCGACGCGCCUUGACUGGGGAGCCCGCGUCUUUGGCCACCGCGGCUGCAGAGGCGUGCCGGGGGUGCCGGAGAACACGCUGGACGCCUUCAAGUACGCCCUCUCGCGCGGUGUGGCCGGCAUAGAGGUGGACGUGCGGCUAACAAAAGACAACGAGCUCGCCAUAUUUCACGACGUCACCUGCAAUGGCCACCUGAAGGGGGUGGAGACGAAGACGCGCAUAGAUGAGCUCACACUUCUCGAGCUGAAGAGGCUUCCGUUUCAGGCAGAUCCAACAGGACAAAUUCGUUUGCCAACGCUGGAGGAAUCGCUUCUGUUUUGUCGCGAAAACAAUCUUAAGAUGCUGAUUGAAAUCAAGGAGAUGCGGCGGGCGCGGCUUUGCGCAGACAAGGUCCUUGACCUGUACCACCGCUAUCCAGACUACAUGUACGAUCACACCGUUGUCGUGGCGUUCAGCCCGGCGGUGCUCUACUAUGUGCGAAGGCGUGACCGUAACGUGGCGGUGGGGCAAAUUCACUCCGGACGCGCUCUGCGCACGUGGAUUAGAACGGGGACCGUAGAUGUGCCGUGGUACGCGCGUCUCUGCCCAGCCAUCUUGGACUGGUUGCUAAACUACGUGCAGGAGAGCGUUAACCCGUGGGUGUCUGGCGUGUCCUUGAUGUGUCCGCACUACGAACUCUUCUCCGAGGCCUACAAGCGCCGGUGGCACACGCGGAAGAUUGGUGUCGCCCUGUGGGGGUUCUCGUCUCCGGCGCAGUGCACCCGCGAGAUGCGGGCUCCAGGCGUACUUAUCGAGAGCGACGACCAGCACGAGGAAUUUGCCACACCAAAGCAGCCGGCGAACUUUGACAUCUUUGGCGACAAGGCGCGGGAGCGGGAGCGAGAGGAGGAGGAGCAGCGGCGUCGGCUAAAGCUGGAGGUGAAAUAA